AGCAUUUGGGUGCAUUUAGAAGCAAAGUAGUAGCAUUUUUAUUUGUUUUUGUAUUGUUGGCGGUAUUUUUCUUUUAAUUUAAAUGCAAAAAAAUAUGACAACGGAUCGCGAAAAGAGUAAACGAACUUUAAAACUAAUAGAAUUAGUUAAAAAAAAUCCUGAAUUAUAUAAAGUCGGUAAAAAUUACAAAAAAAAUAGCAAAAUAUGGAAAGCAAUAGCAGCAGAAUUGAAAGAAGAUGUUUAUGAAUGUAAGAGAAAAUGGGAAGCAUUACGAGUCUCGUACACAAAAGAAUUAAGGUUACAGAAGGGUUUGGAGCGUCGUGGCAAAAUGAAAGCGGUUCGAACGGGUUGGUAUUUAACGAAGGAAAUGUCAUUUCUUGAAAAUUGUAUAACACGUCAAAAAACUAAAAGUGAUUGGAGUUCCUCAUUAGAAGAAUAUACAGGUGGUGAUACAACAAAUUCAGAUACUUUUGACAAAAUAAAAGAAAAAACUCGUAUAUCUGAUAUAACGAGACCAGUACGAAGCGAAAGUAUUCCGUGUACGGAAAAUACAACAAAGUCAGAUACUUCUGUCAAAAUAAAAAAAAAAACUCGUAUAUCUGAUAUAACGAGACCAGUACGAAGCGAAAGUAUUCCGUGUACGGAGAAUACAACAAAUUCAGAUACUUUUGACAAAAUAAAAGAAAAAACUCGUAUAUCUGAUAUAACGAGACCAGUACGAAGCGAAAGUAUUCCGUGUACGGAAAAUAUAUCAACUGCAGACAACACUCCUACCAUAGAAAAUACUCCUCCCCUUUUAGUAUAUAUCAAUGAGAACAGAUAUAAUAAGAAAGAAAUUGAAGAAGCUGAAAUGGCGUUCUUUAAAGGACUACUACCUCAAAUACAGCAAUUGUCGAGAGAAAGAAAGCGUCGCUUUGAAAGAGAUCUUCUACUGAAGCUACAUGAAUUGUUAGCUGAAGAAGAACAAGAACUCUUAAACAACUUUUUAUAAAUAAAUAAAAUAUAUUUUUUUAUAUGUAUUAUUAAG